AUUCCCGUUUCAAGACACGGGUAUGCGCAGGUAGACAGCUUGCAGUCGUUUUGACUACCUCAGACGGUCAUGAAUUCAGAGGGCGGCCAACGAAAGCAUACGGUAAACGAACCCAUAUCAACGUUUCAGGCUCCUUUUCCGGAACGGUGACCGGUGUUAAAGUCAUUGGCAGAGAGAGACCGACGAAUGCUGAAAGGGCCCGCGACAUGCUCCUGCUUCGUGCUUUACAGGGCGAAUGUCAUAUCAGGCAAUCCGAAUUCGUGAGGAUGCUUUGGUUUCCGAGCGGGGAGGACAAAAGAAAUCUUGUUCUCUCUGAUACACGGACGUCCUCCUUCUCUUCCGUGAAAUUGAACAAGUCGCAACGAGAGGUGGUGUCAGCUAUGAUGUCUAACCGGCCGCUAGUCCUAGUCCAUGGUCCACCUGGAACAGGGAAAACGUCGACUAUCUCUGCAGCGGCUGAGAUGUGGGGACGAAGUAAUCUACCAACGUGGAUUGUAGCUCACUCUAACGUCGCCGUGAAGAACAUUGCAGAGAAAUUGGUGUUAUCCGAUGUUGAUUUCAAGAUCAUCGUAUCCAAAGAGUUCUACGUCGAGUGGCAUGAACAUCUUUACACAAACAUUGAGGACAGAUUGUUGCGCGGGGACGAACUUCCGAACAAUCCGAAGGGCCUACGAAGGGUUAUUGGCUCAUCGAGCAUUAUCCUAUCAACGCUAAGCAUGGCCUCGAAUCCAGGAUUCGACAAAAAUGGGAUGUUUGACAUAGUGCCACCAAGGACUCUUAUUGUCGACGAGGCUUCUCAGAUCAAUGUCUUCGAUUAUAUGCACAUGUUCGUCAAAUUUAAGGAUGUGAUGAAAAAAGUCCGCUUCUUUGGCGAUCCAAAACAGCUCCCGCCAUACGGAAAGGAAAAGGCACCAUCGAUGCAAUGCAUCUUUGACAUCGAGCACCUGAAGGAUAUAGCGCACACUUUGGAUAUUCAAUACCGUAUGCCUCAUCCACUGGGCAACUUCAUCUCUCAAGAAGUCUAUCACAAUCAAAUACGCUCAGAACAUGAAGUAACGGAUCCUUCCUGCAUCGCCUUCAUUAACACGAAAUACGGCUCUGAGAAGAAAUCUGGCUUCAGCUGGAUGAAUGAGGCGGAGGUUCACACGAUCGCCCACCUGGUUCAGCUUUAUUACAAAAAUCAUGAUUUUUGUGUCAUCACUCCGUACGACGCCCAAAGAGCGGCCAUAGAAAAAGAGCUUAAGGGCCAAGGCCUGCCUUGGGAACGGGUAUUCAAUGUCGAUAGUUUCCAAGGUAACUAGCGCGCGCAAUUAGUACUUUGGCACUUGUAGCUUAUGUCAUACACACAGGAAACGAAGCAGAUAUCGUCC